AUGGGUCCAUCUGGGUUUUUUUCCCUUCACUCAUCAUGUCACUCUACUCUCCUCUGUUUUCCAGUUAAUCGAAUUUCCAACACCCAGAAAUUUCCAUCAAAUUUCAAGAAACCCGUUAAAGGAAUCGCCGUCGCCUGCAUGGCAGCAGAGGCACCAGCUGCACCGCCGUCCGCGGUUUUUGGGUUUAAUAAUUUGAUGAAAACAUUCACAGUUGAUGUCCACAGAGCAGAAGGUAGGCCUCUGAAUGUGCCUCUGAUUGCACCCUUCACAAUUGCAUCAUCGAGGCUUGAUAAAGUGGAAAAUGUUGCCAUUCGGGUUGAAUUGAAUAAGGGGUGUGUGGGAUGGGGGGAGGCUCCAAUUCUUCCACAUGUGACGGCAGAGGAUCAGCAAACUGCAUUGUCUAAAGCUGCAGAUGCCUGUCAGUUUCUGAAGAAGAGUCCGGGAAAGACUUUGGGGUUGGUUUUGCAGGAGAUUGAAGGGAUUCUUCCUGGACAUGCAUUCGCUUCUGUCAGAGCAGGAGUUGAAAUGGCAUUGAUUGAUGCAGUUGCAAACAGCAUUGGAAUACCUUUGUGGAGAUUGUUUGGUGGAUUUUCAAAUGAAAUAACCACAGAUAUAACGAUUCCAAUAGUUUCCUCCACUGAAGCGGCUGAGCUGGCUUUAAAGUAUGGUAAACAGGGAUUCAAUAUUUUGAAGCUCAAGGUGGGCAAGAAUCUGAAUGCAGACAUUGAAGUUCUUCAAGCCAUACGUAUGGUCCACCCUAACUGCUCAUUUAUCUUAGAUGCUAAUGAAGGUUACAACUCAGAUGAAGCCAUUCAAGUUCUGGAAAAAUUACAUGAAAUGAAGGUGACACCAAUUCUUUUCGAACAACCAGUUCAUAGAGAUGAUUGGGAAGGUCUUGGUCGUGUUAGUCAUAUCGCAAAAGACAAAUACAGAGUAUCUGUUGCUGCUGAUGAAAGCUGUCGUAGUUUAGCUGAUGUGAAGAAAAUAGUGGCAGAAAAACUUGCAGAUGUAAUCAACAUUAAGCUUGCCAAGGUUGGAGUGCUUGGAGCCCUUGAAAUCAUUGAUUUAGCAAGGGCGGCAGGAUUGGAUCUCAUGAUUGGUGGUAUGGUUGAAACUAGACUUGCCAUGGGCUUCGCUGGUCAUUUGGCUGCUGGCCUCGGGUGUUUCAAAUUCAUCGAUCUAGAUACACCCAUCUUAUUGGCAGAGGAUCCAGUUCUUGAGGGUUAUAAAGUUUCUGGUCCAGUUUACAAGUUUUCAAAUGCUAGAGGACAUGGUGGCUUUCUACAUUGGGAAAACAUUGCGUGUAAAAGAAACUGGGUUGCUGCAACACUCCUGGAAGUUCUCUAUAAACAAACUGGAGUUGAUCACACUGUUUUGGCAAUUGUAAUAGGCAUUUCUCAUCUGAACCACAACCGUGGGAAAUAA